AUGGCGCAGCGCGACAAGAAGGUGGAGCAGCCGACGGAGCUUCGCGCGCCGGAGCUCACGCUGUGCGCCAACAGCUGCGGCUUCCCGGGCAACCCGGCCACCAACAACCUCUGCCAGGCCUGCUUCCAGGUCGCCACCGCUUCCUCCACCUCCGCCUCCGUCUCGCCGCCGUCGCCCUCCUCCUCGUCCUCGCCGGUGUUCCAGCUCGAUGAGCAGCAGCAGCAGCAGGCGAGGCCGUCUGUGCCGGUGUUCGCGCACCGGCCCGCGGAGCUGACGCCGCCUCCGUCCAGCCCGGCCCGGACGUCUCCGUCGUCGGCCGUCAACCGGUGCCAGAGCUGCCGGAAGCGGGUCGGGCUCACGGGGUUCCGCUGCCGCUGCGGGGAGCUCUUCUGCGGCGCGCACCGCUACUCGGACCGCCACGACUGCUGCUUCGACUACAAGGCCGUCGGCCGGGACGCCAUCGCAAGGGAGAACCCCGUCGUGCGCGCCGCCAAGAUCGUCAGGUUCUGA